AUGAAGCAACGCUUCUCCAGCAUCGACGUGCGUGUGCUCUCGCUCGAACUGUCCUCGACCCUGAUCAACCACCGCCUGUCCAACAUCUACGACCUGUCCUCGCGCAUCUUCCUCUUCAAAUUCGCCAAACCCGGCUCCAAACACUCAGUCCUCGUCGACAGCGGCUUCCGCUGCCACCUUACAUCCUUCGCCCGCACGACCGCCGCAGAACCUUCGGCUUUCGUACGGCGGCUGCGGAAGUACCUCAAGAGCAGGAGGGUCACAGACGUGCGGCAGAUUGGGACAGAUCGGGUGAUUGAGCUUGACUUCAACGGGCAGUACAAGUUGUACCUCGAGUUCUUUGCGGCAGGCAACAUCAUACUCACAGAUGGCGAAUUGAAUGUGUUGGCAUUGCUGAGGCAGGUUAACGAAGGAGACGAGGAUGUUGAUGUGCGGUUGGGCAGCAAGUAUGUCCUGGACGCGAAGCAGAACUAUGCCGGAGUGCCGCCCAUCACUGAGGACAGGGUACGGGAUGCGCUUGAGAAGGCCGCUACGAGGGUCAAAGCAGCCAAAGAGGCAGGUGGGAAGAUGGCGAAAAGAGCAAAGAGUGGCGAUGAUAUCAGGAAGGCCUUGAGCGCCGGCUUUCCAGAGUAUCCGGCUCAUCUGCUGGAGUGUGCAUUCUAUGAGACAAAAGUCGACGUCACAUGGCCAAUUUCGGCAGUCUCGGAGGAUGCCAGCAAGAUGGGCAAGAUCAUGCAGUCGCUGAAACAGGCUGAGAGCAUAUCUGAGAGCUUACACACUGGUCCAUGGCGUGGCUACAUAGUGGCCAAGCUAAAAGAAGGUACUCAACCGCCAGAAGAUGGGACUCAGCCAUCAAGGGACGAUCUACUGUAUGACGACUUCCACCCAUUCCGGCCGAAGCAGUUCGACAGCAAGCCAGGGGCCCAUGUCGUGGAGAUUGAGGGUUUCAACGCCGCAGUCGAUGACUUCUAUUCAUCCGUCGAGUCACAGAAGCUGUCCUCAAGAUUGACGGAACGCGAAGAAACAGCAAAACGGAAACUACAGUCUGCCAAAGACGAGCACGACAAGAGACUGGGUGCACUGCAAUACGUGCAGGAGAUACAUAUUCGGAAAGCGCAGGCGAUCGAAGCCAACACGCAUCGCGUGGAGGAAGCCUGCGCGGCUGUGAAUGGGUUGAUUGCACAGGGUCUGGACUGGGUCAAUAUCAGCAAGCUGAUCGAGAACGAGCAGUCCAGAGGCAAUGUUGUUGCUCAGAUGAUCAAACUUCCGCUGAAGCUGCAUGAAAAUACAGUCACGCUUCUUCUGGAGGAAGACACUUACGAGGACUCUGAGAGCGACGAUGAGGAUCGAACGGACUCCGAGGCCAGCGACUCAGACGAAGAAGAGGUCACAGCCAAGAAAGCUAUGAAAACGGACGACAAGCGUCUCGCAAUCGACAUCGACCUAGCCCUCUCGCCCUGGUCCAAUGCCAGACAGUACUAUGACCAGAAGAAACAAGCAGCCGUUAAGGAACAGAAGACCAUUCUCGCAAGCGGUAGAGCCCUCAAAUCCACCGAGCGCAAAAUCGCAGAUGACCUAAAGAAGGGCCUGAAGCAGGAAAAGGAUGUACUUCGCGAAGUCCGCCCACAAUUCUGGUUUGAGAAGUUCCUCUGGUUCAUCUCCUCCGAAGGCUACCUGUGCUUGUCCGGGAAAGAUGCCCCUCAGUCCGAGAUCCUGUACCGACGAUAUUGCAAGAAGGGAGAUGUGUAUGUACAUGCUGACCUCACGGGUGCGUCGCCGGUCAUCGUCAAGAACAAUCCCGAUACGCCCGAUGCCCCAAUACCGCCAGGCACUCUGAGUCAGGCUGGCGCGUUCUGCGUAUGUGGGAGCAAUGCUUGGGACAGCAAAGCGGUGAUGAGUGCGUGGUGGGUGCUGGUCGAUCAGACAUCACGCGUGCAUGAGGCUACUGGGGAAUUGGUGACUGGUGGUGGCGUGUCGGUCAAGGGCAAGAAGAAUUGGUUGCCUCCUAGUCAAUUGCUGCUGGGUUUCGCAGUCGGAUGGUUGGUCAGUGAAGAGAGUCGAGGAAACCAUGGCAAACUGAGAGUUGGUGCUGUUGAUGGGACUGCGGCUGCUGCACAAGCGGUCGAAAGCAUGAGCCUGGAUGAAACGGCACCAAACGAGGCGGCUGAGGAGCAGGACGAAGAUGAUGACCAAGCGGAGUCACAGAACGACGAAGAGGGCGAACCUGUGCCGGACGUUGAAGAUGCUGGAAGUGUAGCUGAGGAGAUACUUGAGGAAGACCACAAAGCCGACGACGACGCGGCUCAGCCUCACACUGACGUCGUCGAGGAAGAUGAGGAGCACGGAAGCGAAAAUGAAGACGCAGCGAGAUCGAACCCGCUCCAGUCAGCGGGAGCAGAUACGGCAAGGGACACCCACGAAAGCAAUGAACAUGACGACGAAGGUGACGCAGAAUCAGACACAGACGAAGACAACGAAGCAGACCAAGCAUCAUCAUCUCAACCACCAACCACGUCCGCCAGCACAGCACCAUCAACUCGACCAGAUACGCCCUCAUCCAUCAUCCCCACCCUACAACCACCAAACCAGAAAUCAAAGCAACUCCCCCGCGGCAAACGCUCCAAAGCCCAACGCCGCGCGCAAGCCAAAUACGCCGACCAAGACGAGGAAGACCGAGCCCUGGCCAUGUCCCUCCUGGGCACGACCAAAGCCUCGGAGCGCGCCGCAGCUGAGGCAGCCGAAAAGGAGGCGGCAGCAGCAAAAGCAGCCGCAGACCGCGACCGCCGGAAACGCAACCAAGAAAAAGCCGCCGAGCGCGAAAAAGCAAGAGCCCUUGCCUCCGCAACUACCACCGGCGACGCCUCGGAAGAGCUCGAUCCGGAAACACUAACCAAAGAACGCACCGAACACGUCAACAUCAACCUCAUCGUCCCGCACCUCCGACCCGGCGACGUCGUGCUCGCCGCAAUCCCCAUCUGCGCGCCCUGGACCGCGCUGAAUCGAUAUAAAUACAAAGUGAAACUCCAACCCGGCAGCUUGAAGAAGGGCAAAGCCGUACGAGAAAUACUGGGGCAAUGGCAGAGCUUGGGUGGAGCGGCGAGCAAAGUGCGCAUUGACGAGAGUAAUUCUGAUCGGGAGAAGGUGUGGCGGGUGGAGGUUGAGAAAUUGAAGAUAUUGAGGGAUGUGGAGGUUUUGGGACAGGUGCCCGUGAAAGGCGUGAGGGUCGUGUUGGGUGGUGGGCUGGCAGGGGGGGAGUGCGGGGAGUGCUGGGAGUGGUGGUGCGGGUGGACGGGGGAAGAAACACCAUGGAAUUUCAUGCUAAGGAGGACGCC